AUGGUUACAUCUGCAACGGGCCCUUAUUUCCUUAGGGAUAUUGAUUGUUCAGGGCAUACCAAGGAUGCUCAUUUUCAGUUCCAGAUCCUUAAGGAUGCUAUAGAGGAGGUUGGGCCACAAAAUGUGGUGCAGGUAGUGACAAAUGUGGCCCAUGUGUGUAAAGCAGUAGGGAAGAUAAUUGAGGCAGCCUAUAGACAUAUUUGGUGGACUCCUUGUUGUGUUCAUGCCAUGAAUAAUGCACUCAAGGACAUGGGUAAAAUCCAGAGGAUCAAAUCAACUGUUAGUGAUGCUAGAGAUGUGCAAAUGUUUAUGUGCAACCAUCAUACUUCACAUGCACUCUUUAGGACCUCCUCCAAGAAGGAAUUCCUAAAACUUGUAGAGACUCGGUAUGCAUCACACUUUAUUCUCUUGGAGAGGAUGCUUGAGUUGCAAGAGCCAUUGCAACUAAUGGUUAUGACAACAAAAUGGAAUAGGUGGCCUGAGUCAAAGACACAACAGGGGUUGAGGGUGAAGGAGGUGGUGAAGAAUGAUCUCUUUUGGACAGAUGCCAAAUAUAUUGUCUCCAUCAUUGCUCCAAUCUUCACAAUUAUUAGAUUUGGGGAUUCUAAUGCACCUUCCCUAGGAGAGGUGUAUGAGUGCAUUGAUUCUAUGCUUGGUCAAAUGAAGGUUGUUGUGCGAGAGAAGGACCCUACAUUACAAUUCUACAAUGAGCAUAUUCGGCCUAUCAUUCAUCGCAGAUGGGAGAAGCUCAACACUCCCUUACACAUGGCUGCCUAUGCAUUGAACCUGAAGUGGUACGUGCCAAGGCCAGGCAGAGUUACACCUAUAGAGGAUCCUGAGGUGAAAGACGGUUUCAUUAGUGCAAUUGACAAAAUGUAUGUUCCUACAGAGGCUAGCCAGAUUCGUAUUGAGUGGACAAAAUUUGCCACUCUAUGGGGAUAUUUAGAGGCAGCUAAGAUAGAUCUCGAGAUUAUGUCACAAGAGGACCUUAAGUUGUGGUGGACUAUACAUGGGCCUAAAUCUUCGAUAACUACUCUAGCCAUUACUUUUCUGUCCCAGGUUUCUAGUUCUUUUGCUGCUGAGAGAAAUUGGUCUACUUACAGCUCCAUCCACUCUGUUAAGAGGAACAUGCUUACCUCUAGGAGGGCAGAGAAGCUUGUGGCGGUACAUAGUGUGUUGCAUCUCAUUGAUCGCAACACAUCUACGUACAAGGAGAGUCCAGCAGCCAAAUGGGAUGUAGAGCCAGAAGAACCAGCAUAG